CCUUGUCGGAAGCACUUCCGACUUGAGUGUUUUGGAGGUCGUUUUUACGUUUUUAAUGAAAAAGAUAGUAUUUAUCUUUUGAUAAGAGUGCUUUAUUUGCAGAGUGGCAAUGGCACUGCGGUUUCAGAAAGUGGUUUGUUUAUUUAAGUCCAACUCUGUUAGACUUUCGCUUUUAGAACCGUCAAAAUUAUGCGCAGCGGCUGGCGUGAAAUCUGGCCAAGUUGCACAUUUGACAUCCAGUCAUGGAAAACCAAUCCAACGACCAAAGCCUUGGCCGUACAAAAAAAGACCAUACAAUAUUUGGUAUCAAUUCAUAGACCACACCAGGAAGAGGUUUGAUGAUAAUACUAAGGUCAUAGUGAUCGAAGGAAAUCUGGCAGUUGGAAAAUCGGAAUUUGGUGAAAAGUUGGCAAAAGAGUUUGACAUGAAAUUCUUUCCUGACAGCAAAGACGAUGAUAUUUAUAUAUCCCCUUCUGGGUUUGAUAUCAGAGAGUUGGACGAGCAACUGCCUCCUGGAGCUCGCACCUGUGAUCUGAAAACGUUUUACUCUCAGAAAGUACCAAAACGUCAACUUGAAAAGAUUGGAAUGACCCAGUGUAACAUGUAUCACAGUCGUUUUUACAACUAUGUGGAAGCUCUAGAACAUCUUCUUAAUACAGGCCAGGGAGUGGUAGUGGAGAGAAGUCCUUGGUCUGAUGUUGUAUUUGCUGAUGUUUUGAGGAAGUUUGCUUUCCUGACACCAAAUGGUCAUUCUUUCUACAAUGAGCUUCGUUCCAACACAGUGUGUGAAUUGUGGCAGCCUCAUGUUACUAUCUACCUUGAUGCUCCCAUCAGCCACUCACGGGAGGCCAUUAACAAGAGAAAUAUUCCAUGGGAAGCCAAUAGUAAGGUUUUAAACAAUGACUUUUUGCAAGCUCUGGAAAGUGUUUACAAGAAGAAGGUUCUUCCAUAUUUCAGUAAAUAUGGUGAAGUGAUAACAUACGAUGUCACAGAUUUGCCAGAUUGGGAAAUUAUUGUGGAAGAUCUGGAGAGUCUGGAUUUGGACUCGAUGUCUGAUGAUGAGCCAGAAAAAUUUUCACGAUGGAACUUGAGCAGAGAAGAUGAUUGGAACUGCUACAGGAUGGUUCUUGGUUGCAAGUGGCAGAUGAGUGGAAUGUUCAAUCUGCCGAGACCGUUUGAUGCUCCGGAGAUGUACAUAAGUGGGGAUGACUACAUCCCAUGGAACAAAAUCGUAGCAAAACACAAGGAACUACUGUAUGCACCUGGCUACAAUCCAGAUAAGGGCAGCACGCUGUUUCGGCUAUAGCUCUGUGGCGAACCCAGACAUGAACAGUUGUCUCUAGACCAUGGAGAUGCCAUGGUCCCGUACAGCUAUAAAACAUUACUGGAUAUUUAUUAGUGUAAAGACAUCAGCUGAAGACAGGUGUUAAGACAUUCGUAUGUUAACUCUUCAAUUAUAGAUGUCACAGCUGAUGAUUUUCAUUGCAAACGGUUGCUAAAUAAACUGAGUGGUAUUAUUGUUUUAUUGUUUCCUUAACACAUCCUAGACCUUGCGGUCAAAUUAUACAGUGAGCUAUUUUAUAUGUAAGAUCAUAAGUAGUAUUAAAACAACAAAAAUAGUUAAAAGUGUUUCAAGUAAGCAUAUCUCAUCAUUGUCAUUGUAAAUCUCUGAUGGAGUUGAUAGGGUAGGAUAUUUUUUAAUAUUCUGCUCCAAAAGCAGCCAUAUAAAGCAUUGUGUGCAGUAUUUUAGGCUAGAAAUCAUUAAAUGAACAGUAGAUUGUUGGGAAUAAUAUGUACUCCUGGAUGGUCAUAUCAGUAUCAUUUAUACUGAAUCAACUGCUAGUGAAGCUUUUAUUUUCAAACACCAAGCCAGAUUUUCUGUACACUUAGUAUUUUAAAUGUUUUAAUUAAAAGAAUUAAUAGAAAAUAUUUAUGUUCCUUUCGUACAAGUUUGGAAGAAUGGUUAUUUGUUCAUUCACCAUAAAAGCAAGGACUUGAAUUAAUGGGUUUUGUAUGAUGAUACUUAAUAAAACACAGUAGUCCAAAUUAUUCAGCAAAAUUAUGGGUUUGUAAUAAAAGUGUUUUUCUCUU